UUCAGCUAGUUAGCCUGACAUGUCUGGUGUAGAAAUGCUUUUCCAGCGCAGCGCGGCGUUCAUGCAGCUAAAAAAAACUACUGGCGUCUAGCUAGACACGACCGUGGACAUUUUUACCCCCCAUUUUUAUCUACCUCGUUCGAGGCGUUGCGGCGUAAAUAAUAUUUUUGAGGAAAGGAGAGAGGAGAAGAGGAGGUGACCAUCAGGGGCGGUCAGGUCCACAGAAGCAUCAGAGUCUGUGAAGUUCUCAGCUUUGAUGCAGAACAGUCCACCUAGUGCAAGAUGACUGAAGAGGUGAUCGUCAUCGCCAAAUUUGACUACAUGGCCCAGCAGGACCAGGAGCUGGACAUCAAGAAAAACGAACGUCUGUGGCUGCUUGAUGACUCCAAGUCCUGGUGGAGGGUCCGAAAUGCCACCAACAAAACUGGCUUUGUGCCAUCCAACUAUGUGGAGAGGAAAAACAGCGCCAGGAAAGGUUCUAUUGUCAAGAAUCUCAAAGACACACUCGGAAUCGGGAAGGUGAAAGGCAGGAAGGGAGGGAUGAGAGACACGGCUUCCAACGCUGACACAGACCUGAGUACAGACAACGGCGAGCGGCUGUACGACCUCAACCUGCCCGCCCUGGUGAAGUUCAGCUACACGGCGGAGCGGGAGGACGAGCUGUCCCUGGUGAAGGGCACGCGGGUGGUGGUGAUGGAGAAGUGCAGCGACGGCUGGUGGCGCGGCAGCUACAACGGACACUCUGGCUGGUUUCCCUCCAACUACGUGACGGAGGACGUGGACGGGACGGCGGGGGGAGGAGGCGGCAUGGGCGGCCUGGGAGACCCGGCCGGAUCGCUGACGGAGAAGCUGGUCGCCGUGGUGAACAGCACCACCAACGGGAACCGGGUGCUGCACACGGUGCAGGCGCUCUACCCUUUCAGCUCAGGCAACGACGAGGAACUAAACUUUGAACGAGGCGAGGUGAUGGAGGUGGUGGAGAAGCCGGAGAACGACCCGGAAUGGUGGAAGUGCCGCAAAGCGGACGGACAGCUGGGCUUGGUGCCUAAGAACUACGUCACCGUGCUGGAUUCUAGCUCCUACAGACCCACGGCGGGGCCUCCCACGCCUGACUGCGACUACAUCUCGCCCUCGGCCAGCGGGCGCUUCGCAGGAAAGGAGUGGUACUACGGGAAAGUGACGCGCCAUCAGGCAGAAGUGGCCCUCAAUCAGAGAGGCUCGGAGGGAGACUUCCUCAUCCGAGACAGCGAAUCCUCGCCUAACGACUUCUCGAUCUCCCUGAAGGCGCAGAGCAAGAACAAGCAUUUCAAAGUGCAGCUGAAGGAAAACCUUUACUGCAUUGGACAGCGCAAGUUCAACUCUAUGGAAGAGCUUGUUGAGCACUACAAAAAGGCCCCCAUCUUCACCAGUGAGCAGGGAGACAAACUGUACCUGGUCAAGGCCCUGGCCGCCUCCUGAUCCACCGUUCUCUCUCUCACACACACACACACACACACACACACACACCAACUCACACACCUACAUAAUGAUAGCAUCCAGAAAUGCAUAUACUUACACCAGAACACACACUAACAUUUCAGCUUCAAGCCUGACGACUCAACAGAUCAUCAGGACUUAAAAAGCCUCUUUGAGCAUUCCAAGAGGAGGUAUGGAAAAAGCAUGGGAGAGACAUGAAGGGUGGGGGGGAAACGAGAGACUAUGAACCCCUGAGAGUUGACUACAGGCCUCUUGGUCGCCUAUUUUAAAUUAUCCAGAUGUGCUAGAUCAUAGGCAAUGCCAUGUAUUUCAACCUCUGUUAGGUUUGCAUUAGAUUUCUUUUUUUUUUUUUUCUUUUUUAAUUUGUUGAUAAUAUAUAAUCUUUUUAACUGUUUCUUUUAAAAUGUGAUCAUUUUUUUGUUUUUUUUUAAAACUGUACACAACAUACCAGAACCACGUGGCUUAGGCGUUUUCAGAUGUUAGCACAUCCGGACCCGUGCCUGCACGUCUACUCUUCAGUUCAUUUGUGUCGUCUUGUCUUAAAGCAUUUUUUUUUCAUGGUUGUGGACGCGCUAAUCCACAACUUAUGCUUAUCAUGAAUAAAAACUAAGUGACCAAACUA